GGAAGUUCCGGGAGAGGUGCCGGCCCCUUGGGCCUUCUCCACCUGAGGUGGACCUCACCGGUUCCCCUGUGGUCCCUCCAUCUGCGGCGGAUCUCAGAGGUGUGGACAAGCAGCCUACUAGGGCUAGAGAUGGACAGCAGGAAGCUGUCCCCUCAGGGGAAGAAGCUGGAGUCACACCUCUCCCAAGAGCACAGGCGACCCCCACUGGGCCCGACAGCAUCCUGGGGCCAGCCCAGUACCCAAAGCAGCGCUCAGCAGGGACUGCAGACUCAGGACUGGGUGUGCGAGCCGCCGGAGCGCAGGCGCCCGGGCCGCCACUGGAGCGUCAGCAUCGACGAGCGCCGGCGGCUGGCCAUGCUGGGCGGCCGGGAGAGGCCGGGCGCCGCCGGGGCCCCGCUACACUGCAGGGACAUCGUGCAGAUGGUAGCCCAGCUGGUGUCAGAGGACGUGGACAAGGACGUGCUGUUUCCCCACCCGCUGAGGUCCACUGAGUCCACCAACGCCUUCCAGGCCUUCCUGGCGCGGAGUGCGCCUUUCUGGCAUAAUGCGACUUUCGAGGCCCGGGCCUCGAAGUCACCCCCUUCCUAAGAGCCCGACUCAGCCCAUUGUGUGUCUUCCAGUGCCUUUCCUUGGGGGCCCAGGGUGGGGGCAGCCUCUGCGCCUUCUUUGUGCCCCACCGGGGUUAUCCCGACCACCCAUGAUGGUCAGGCAGAACCUGGCUCUGGACAGCCUGCAGCUCCUGAGGCCUUGGAGACCGGGCUAGGGGCUAUCAGAGCCCAUCUAGGGGAGGGAAGUACUGCCCCAGGUCAGUUUGAGGGGGCUCUGGCAAGGCCUGGGUAGCAGGAGCUUGCCCUCGGGACCGCUGGAAGGAGGCCUCGGGGUACCUGGGCCUGUCUGAGGUGCACUGGUGUCCUGGGAGGCCCCAGUGGCAGGCGCUGCCUAGAGACUCAGCUCCUUUGCUGGCCUGGUCUGGGGAACUGGGUACCUGCCUGCACCAGGCUGUGAGAUGGGCCGGGGAGAGUUCUCCAGGGGGUGGGGUCUCACAUUGGGUCCUGCCUCUGAAGACCCAGAAGGGCGCACGGGAUCCCACGGGUGCUGUGGUGGGGAGCAGCAAGCCCAGGGACCCAAUACGGUGCCCAGCUUAGAGGGAGGCUGGCUGGAGGCAGAGCUGCCUCCUGGCCUCUGGACAGCGAUGCUGGUGGUGGCCGAGGGCCAAGGGGGUAGCCUACACAGGGGGUCUGAGCAACUGCUUACCUGUCAGCUGCAGAGUUGGCUGGAGCAGGGGCCUGUGGGUCAUGGUCCACUGGGUGACUGCCUUGUUUCCAGGCUGCAGGGCCCUCGGAAUGGUGGUGUCCCAGCUGCAUUUUGGGGAUACUAAGUUGCAGGAGGACUGGAUUGGGAGGCGGGGCAGGAGGGCUGUGAGCAUGGGUUCCCAGCCCGGGGUGGGUGGGGGUGGGGAAAGGGCCCUGGACUCCGGGACUGACCGUUAGGGGCCUGACUGGGCUUCUGUGGAGGUGGCUAAGUGGAGGAGGCUUUGGGGCAAGCGGAGGUGAUCACUCCUGGGCCCCAGGUGAGGGCAGGAGCUGGACCUGUGCGGUGGCCUGGACCACCAGACACACACAAGCUGGCUGUGCUGCCCACCUGGCCUCCACCCUUCCCCUUCCCACCGCUGAGAAGCCACCUGCUGCCCUGACACUGGAUCCCUGGCCUGACUUGAAUCCUCUGCACCUGCCUGUGUCCCCUUCUUACUGUAAGACUCAGUGAAGUUCCCUCCUCCUUCGGGAAGUCUUCCAAGAUUACACAGCCAGGUGCCCCCCUUCUCUCCCAAGUCCUCUGAAUGUCAUUUGGUGCACCCUAGGGAUCCUCUGCAUUUCUCAGGAGCCCUAGGGUAGGUGGAUGGAGGGCAGAUCCUCCAGGAGCUAGAGCAGGUGUCCUUAAGGGUGUGGUGAGUUUUGGGCAGGGCAUUGGGGCCAUAAUGACCCACCCCCUCUGAGGUCCCUGAUGAUGAUGUGGGGAAUGGGGUCCUAUGGGCCCAGCUCCAUGCCAGGCAGGAAGAUGCAGGUGAGCCCUGCAUCCCGAGGUGUAAACAGGGCAGAGCGGAGCUGACAGGUAAGCAGUUGCCAUGGGGAUGGCGAGCUGGGCAGUCCUCUGUUCCUGGGUGGCUUUGAAGGACCCCUUGUUAUGACUGUGACUUGGGGAUGGGCUGGGCUCAUCCCGCCAGCUCUCCUGCCCUCGUUUGGGUGUCUCCUGAGGCAGCAGUCAGAGGGUGGUGGUCCAGGACGCUGGCGAUGCUGGGAUGGUUGCCCUCUCUGCUCCAUGAGGUCUCCCUACAGAGCGCCUCCCCCAUGGUGGCAGCAGAGGCAAAACCCUGGCCUCCUUCAGGCUGAGGCCCAGAGCCGACCUCCUGGUGGGUAAGGUGGCCACAGGGCCAGCCGGCAGCAGGGUAUUGGCACUGAGACGCACAGGCCUCUCCAACAGAGGUGGUGCCAGGACAGAGGCAGUGCCUGGAGACUGCCUGGGUUGUCACAACUGGGAUUUGUGUACUAGUUUUCUGUAGCUGCCAUAAAAAUUGCCACAAAUUCA